AUGGAAAACCAGACAAAGAUGCAUGAAUUUAUCCUCUUGGGACUGACAAAUGACAGUGGACAGAAACACGUGUUCUUCAUACUUUUCCUGCUGCUCUACAUGGCCUGUGUGGUGGGAAAUGGGGCCAUUUUGCUCUUAGUCCUGGCUGAGCCACGCCUCCACACCCCCAUGUAUUUUUUCCUAGGAAACCUUUCUUUUCUGGACAUAUGCUGCUCUACAGUUAUCAUUCCCAAGAUGCUGAGUGGCUUCCUAAUGCAGCACCAGUCUAUUUCCUUUAUUGAUUGCUUUACUCAGCUUCACUUCUUCCACUUCCUGGGCAGUAGUGAGGGCAUGCUCCUGGGUGUCAUGGCAUAUGACCGCUAUGUAGCUAUAUGUAAUCCCCUUCGUUACACCCUCAUCAUGAGUAAAUUGGCUUGCCUUAUGCUGGCUGGGGCUACCUGGACUGCUGGUUUUUUCCAUGCCUUGAUGCACACAGUGGCGACCUCCCAAUUAUGGUUCUGUGGCCCUAAUGUUAUCGAGCACUUUUUCUGUGACAUCAAGCCUCUGCUAAAAUUGGCUUGCAGUAGCAUUGCCCUCAACCUCACCCUUCUUAAUGUAGUCACCAGUUGCAUUGCUCUGGGUUCCUUCUUCCUCACUCUCCUCUCCUACCUCUACAUAAUUUCCUUCCUCUUCUUCAAAGUCCAGUCGCCCCAAAGCCGAUGGAAAGCCUUCUCUACUUGUGCUUCUCACUUGACAGUUGUGGCUCUUUUGUAUGUUCCAGUUAUUGUCAACUACAUGUUUGGCUCUGCUGGUGAGUCUUCUGAAAGGGAGAUGAGCAUCACUCUAUUGUACACUGUAGUUACUCCAGUCUUAAACCCUUUGAUCUACACUUUGAGGAACCAAGAAGUCCAAACUGCUCUGAAAAAAACUCUAUGCAGGACAUAUCGUUCUGGAAGGACAUGA